AUGAAUGAGUUGCAAUUAACUGUAGCUGACUCAGAUAUUUCCAAUGAUACAUCAACUGUUGAAACUAUCCAUAUUUCUGAAGCUGACCUGAAUUUUGAUCUUCUUAAUCAAUUUGAGCUGGAUACUGGAGAACCACCAUUCCAAAUGGUAGAAGAAGGGUGUGCUGAAUAUUUUUCGGGCUAUGUAGCCAAUCGCUUCUAUAAUAAAUACCCUUCUUUAACUGCUCCACAUAACUCACAACCACCAGAUAACUGGACAAAUCAUUUAUCCAAAGGCAAUUUAAAAAUUCCAUCCGAAAACCUUUUUAAAGCAGUCUUACAAUUGGAAAGAGAUUUCAACAAUUUUCAAGGGGACCCUUUAUCUAAAAAACCACAAGUUUUUAAAAAUUUAUACAAAAUAGUUGCACCCAAAAUUCAGUAUUUAAACAUACCUGAUGAACAAGAAAAAAUUAAAAAACGAAAAUUUACCAACUGA